AUGUUAUAUGUCAACAGACUACACAAACCGAAGAAAGUUCCACAAGGUCCGUUGGUGAUUCCCGCCCUUAACAAUCGAGACUGGCGUGAAAUGGUCCGUAGAAGACGAACUACGAAUCAAUUUGUUCCCGAUUCUGCGAAGACGGGACAACCAGGAGCUGACGGUAGUGUUGGGGGCCUCGGAACUCGAGAGAGGAUUGGAGAUGGCUCACAGCUGGCAGGGCUGCAGGUGCGCAAGAAAGAAGUCAGCAUGGUCAAAAUGGAGGCAGAAGAUUCUGAGAUGAAGGAAAACACGGUGAAGGAGGAAGGGAUUGUCGUACAGAAAGUAGAAGAAACGGAGGAUCAACAGGCUCUUCGUGCGAUUCUUGCUGGUAUAGAUGGAAUGGGCGAGGACUCAGGUAUCCAAAUUUCCUCCAUCCCAACGCCAAUAUCAGAGGGAGACGCCUACAAACAAGAUGUCCAGGAACUCCCUGACUCUGCCACCCUUGACGACUACAGCCGGGUUCCCGUGGAUCAGUUUGGAGCUGCCUUGUUGAGAGGAAUGGGAUGGAAGGAGGGUACUGCGGCAUCGCGUAAAGGCAAAGGUAUUGCUGAGCCUUACAUACCUGAAUCACGGCCCGCCUUACUUGGUAUUGGCGCGAAGGAGAUGGAAACCUUCGACGAUGGUGGUGGGAAAAGAUCUAAACGUCCCGAGCGCAGAUACGUGCCGGUCAUCAAGCGAGAUAAGAAUGGCGUUGCGGAUGAGUCAAAUGCAGGGAAGAAGGAUCUUAAUAGAGGUAGCGAACGAUAUCGAGAGCGUUCAAUUUCACCAAGGCGAGAGUCGCGAACCCCGUCGAGGCGAAGCUCUCCCGACCGAAGAGACUACGAUGAUAGACGCCGAGAUCGGGACGAGAGGCGGCACGACUACGAUCGUGAUAGAGACCGUGAAUAUAGACGCAGAGAUGAUAGGGACAGAGACCGAGAUAUGCGACGAGACAGAUCAAGAGACCGAAGAAAGGGUGGCUCGCAAUAA